GCCACCAUCGACCGGCGCACGGUGGAGCUGCGCCUGACGGACAACUUCAUCACCGUCAUCCGCCGGAAGGACUUCUCCAACAUGACCAACUUGGUGCACCUCACCCUCUCGCGCAACACCAUCAGCCAGAUCCUGCCCUUUGCCUUCGCCGACCUGCGUGCCUUACGGGCCCUGCACAUGAACAGCAACCGGCUGGCCCUCCUGAAGCAGGAGCACUUCCGGGGACUGACCAACCUCCGGCACCUCAUCCUGGGGAACAACCAGAUCAGCCACAUCGAGGCCUCCUGCUUCGACGAGUUCCUCUCCACCGUGGAAGACCUGGACCUCUCCUACAACAACCUGGAGGCCCUGCCGUGGGAGGCCAUCGGCCAGAUGGUCAGCCUCAACACCCUCACCCUGGACCACAACCUCAUCGACCACAUCGCGGAGGGCACCUUCUCCCAGCUCCAGAAGCUGGUCAGGCUGGACAUGACCUCCAACCGGCUGCAGAAGCUGCCUCCGGACAACCUCUUCCUGAGGGCUGAAGUGCUGGCCAACGUCCGCGGGACUCACCCAUCCACCUUGACCAUCAGCUUUGGGGGCAACCCGCUGCACUGCAACUGCGAGCUGCUGUGGCUGCGGAGGCUCACGCGGGAGGACGACCUGGAGACCUGCGCCUCCCCAGAGCACCUGAUGGAUAAGUACUUUUGGUCGAUCCCCGAGGAGGAGUUCAUCUGCGAGCCGCCCCUCAUCACCCGCCAGUAUUCCAGCAAGGCCUUCAUCAUGGAGGGCCAGGGGGUCAGCCUGAAGUGCAAGGCUGUGGGGGACCCGGAACCUUCCAUCCACUGGAUCGCGCCCGACGGCAAACUCAUCCACAACACCACCCGGGCCACCGUCUACGAGAACGGCACACUGGACAUCUUCAUCACCACCUUGAAGGACAACGGCGUCUUCACCUGCAUCGCCUCCAACGCGGCCGGGGAAGCCACGGCCCACGUGGACGUCUGCAUCGUCCCUCUGCCCCUGCUGGUCAACAACACCGGCCACAUGAAGGAGCCGGACCCGGGCUCCUCCGACAUCACCACCUCCGCCAAAUCGGGCUCCAACGAAACCAAGAACCACCAGGACAGGAAGAUCGUAGCGGCGGAACUGACCUCUACUUCCGUGGUCAUCCACUGGCCGUCCGAACGGCACAUCCCAGGUAUCCGGAUGUACCAGAUCCAGUACAACAGCUCCUUGGAUGACUCGCUGGUCUACAGGUGA